AUGGAAAAUGUACCUCCGCAGGUAUGGGCAGUUGCUCACACCCUCAUAGCCCGCAAUGAGACAGCCAACUCAACCUCCACGGAUUCUGGUGCCACCACAGCAAAUCGUCCGCCAGUCUAUAAAGCAAUUGGUCUCAGUCUGGCGGUGGCCUCUGGGCUAUUCAUUGGUACCUCAUUUGUGCUGAAAAAGACUGGACUGCUCAAAGCAAAUGCUAAAUACAACGAGGAAGCUGGUGAGGGUUAUGGCUACCUCAAGAAUUUCUGGUGGUGGGGAGGGAUGACGCUGAUGAUAGUGGGCGAAAUCUGCAAUUUUGUCGCCUAUGCAUUUGUCGAUGCGAUCCUCGUCACGCCUCUGGGAGCGCUGAGCGUUGUGGUCACGACCAUUCUGUCCGCGAUUUUUCUCAAGGAGCGCCUGAGCUUUGUCGGUAAAGUGGGCUGUUUCAACUGCAUCGUCGGCAGCAUCGUCAUUGUUCUCAAUGCUCCUGAGCAAAGCGCUGUCGCCGACAUUCAAGAAAUGCGGCAUUUUGUUCUCGCCCCUGGCUUUCUCAGUUAUGCCGGCGUCGUCAUCGUGGCCUGUGUGUUUAUCGCCUUGUGGGCGGGGCCGCGCUACGGCAAGAAAAGCAUGUUGGUCUACCUCAGCAUCUGCAGCUUGAUCGGUGGUCUGAGUGUCGUGGCAACACAGGGAUUGGGCAGUGCGGUUGUUGCCCAAGCUGGCGGGAAACCUCAAUUCAAUCAAUGGUUCCUUUACGUUUUACUGGUCUUUGUCGUUACGACACUUCUGACCGAAAUCAUUUAUCUCAAUGCAACUCUGAAUCUUUUCAAUGCGGCUCUUGUCACUCCAACCUACUACGUGAUCUUCACCAGCGCCACAAUCAUCACUUCCGCGAUCCUCUUCCGAGGCUUCAAGGGCACAGCCGUGUCCAUCACGACCGUCAUCAUGGGUUUCUUCCAAAUAUGUGCCGGCGUGGUUCUCUUGCAAAUGUCCAAGUCUGCCAAAGACGUUCCGGAUGCCGCCGUUUUCAAGGGUGAUCUCGAUCAAGUCAGGGAGAUUGCGGAGGUUGAGCAGCCGGAAACCGAGCCCAAGGCUGAUGCUAUUCGUGGUACCGCGGCUCUGAUCAGGAGAAUCUCCGUCUCUCGGCAGAAGAUGGAACAAGAGGAAGCGAGACGGCUGCGGGAAGACAAACUCAAAGAUCAGCUCGAGCCGCUUCGCGAGAACGAGAUUGUGGAAUGGGAUGGACUCCGCCGCCGGAAAACCGUGAUUGGCGAACCCGGGACAGUUGUUCGAAGGAAGACUGUUCAUCCGCCGCUAGGGAUGUCGCAUUUUCCGGAUCCAAACCAAGAAGAGGCCGAGCACGAACCCGGAUUUUUUGAAACCCUUCGCAAUCGUGCCCAGAGCGUGAUCCGUCACCCCAGUCCCCGUCAACAUGCUGCCACGCCGGAGGAUUCUCUGCGGAGCCCAAUACACCCUGUUGCUCUGACCGAUAUAAAGGUUGUUCCAUCCAAAGCCGAGUCACCCAUCGUCCCAUACGGCCCAGGGAGCCUCGAGGAUGCCCAAGAACGGAUUUAUGGACUCCCCCAAGGGCAGCUGAAAGAACGAGCAAUCACCAUCGCAGCCCAAUCCUCACCCCGUUCCAAACCCCUGCCCGCCAAACCGUCAUCAUCCCCUGCCCUCAAACUACCUCACGAAGCAAGGCGACAAUUCUCUUUCACGAACUUUCUUCGACCUGGCUCGCGCACUCCCGAGAUAGACCCCGUGCCUUCACGACCGAAUCUUUCGCAUCGAACUAGCAGCCAUGAACAAAGACGGGCUAUGAAGAAUGCCUCCGAGGAGGAAAGAUUGGGACUUGUCAAGGGUGAUUCUCACGUUGCUUUGCUUGAGCAUGAAUCGUCUCGCUCACCUGAGCGCCCAUCUCAGCCCCUCUCUUAUGCCCUUUCAGCCUCUCAUUCUCAGUCCAGCUCCACUUCAAGCGUUGAUGAUUACCAUCCCUACCAAUACCCUUCUCCUCCUCAACGUUCUCUGUCAUAUUCUGACGAGGUUGACGGUUGGCAGAUGAUGAACACCGCGAGUCCGCCGAGCGAGACGAACCGGGUUUCGACGACACCACCACCACCACGACCCGAGGCGGCAAGCAGCCGGAGAAGGCCAAGUCCGCCGAGGAUUUAUCAUCCCCCGCCUUUGCUCACGAGGAGUUCGCCUCCAGUCGACAACAACGAGGAACGGCCCAUUCCAGGAACGAUGGUGGGCGGAGGGUCGACACAGGCCAGAGCCACACCAGCAGUGUCAGGCCGUUUCCAGAAUUCAUCGAUGAGCCCUCCGAGGACCACGAUCCAGCAUCAGGACCCUGGCUUACCCAGGAUAGGUGGAGAAGAUCACCUAGCUCGAGUUUCCGAGGACGCAAGAGUGAAUAACGCCUACGACUAUGAGGCGGCCCGGACAGAAAACAUUGAUCAAGAGGCCACCCGAAGACGGUUUGAGGAGCAGAGCAAAAGGGAAAGAGAAGAGAGGCGGUUGAGAGCCACCGGACGACGGCAGAGUUGGAAACCCUCCAAUUCUGAAGGAGGCGGCAGUUUCCUCUAG